AUGACCGACGGACGCUAUGUUGUGAGAUUGCCAUUCCGUCAAGGUGGUCAACCGUUAGGCGACUCUUACGUCAACGCUCGACGUCAGUUCUCGCGUUUGGAGCGACGUCUGGCUGCUGAUCCGGACAUGCAUGCAAAAUAUAUAGCGUUUAUGAGGGAAUAUGAGGCCCUUGGCCAUAUGGAAAGAGUUGUUCAGCCAGUUGUUCAAUCCGGAUGCUAUUAUAUUCCCCACCAUGCUGUAUUGGGAAAAUUUAGAGUGGUGUUCAAUGCAUCCGCUCCUACCUAUAACGGGCUUUCGCUUAACGAUAUCCAACUGGUCGGAUUCCCCAUUCAAGAUUCGUUAAUCAACAUUAUCCUCCGCUUCCGACGCUAUGCUAUUGCGAUCACAGCCGAUGUGGAGAAGAUGUUUCGCCAGGUUCUCGUGGCACCGCAAGAAAGAGACUUUCAGCGUAUACUUUGGCGUGAAUCUCCAUCAGAGGAAGUAAUUACUUACCGACUGUCUACUGUCACGUAUGGCAUGGCAUGCAGUCCUCAUAAUGCGAUAAGGGCUAUGCAUCAGUGUGCGUACGACAGCUUCGACAAGAUUCACAAUCGCAAUAUGGGCAUCCAAGCGCGAGAAUCCAUUCUCUCAUCAUUCUACGUGGAUGAUUUCCUCACCAGUUGUAGCACCGUCGAAAGUGCUAUCACUGUAGCAACAAAUAUCGACACCAUAUUGAGAGCUGGAGGCUUUAAGUUAAGAAAGUGGAAUUCUAAUGACGCCGCCGUAUUGAUUCCAUUAGGGAAGGGCUUAUCACCUACGGAAUGCCCUAUUGAUGCAUCAAUUGCCUCUGUGCUAGGUUUGCGAUGGAGUCCAGUCGACGACAUCCUGCUGUUCAACGUGGAUCUCAAGCAACCCGGCGGUAUAUACACAAAGCGCAGUGUGCUCGGCGAGGUGGCGAAGCUGUUUGACCCAACAGGAUUCUUGUCACCCGUAGUGGUGAUGACCACGGACUGUUACGAGUUGGAGGCCGCAUUUCGAAAUCUGCGUUAA